AUGGCGACUCUCGCAGACCAUCCUAUGCAACCAGUGGCCAACUACGACCAGGAUCUCGACUCAUUCAUCAACUUUGAUCAACUCACCUACACAUCUGAUCCCUCUCGCUCCAAGGUUAUGGUCAGCCAACCAUCGGUCGCAAGUACAGAGUUCAGCGCCAGUGACGCCCGCAGUGCCAGCUUUGCCUCAAGUGGCCAGUCUCCUCUAGCAUACCAGGCCCCAAGCCACCAAUACGACGAACACAGACAACAGACUGGUCUCCCACCAGGUGCUUUGUCCAUGUCUUACAGCCAGGUCCCGAUGGGUUUCAACAACGGUCAAGUAUUUCCCGUGAACGCUGAAGUGUAUGCUGGUCAUCACAUGAAGCGCGAGGACGCACAAUUUGACUUCAACACCGCACCGGGCCGGAACCCAUCGGAGAUGGAGAUUGAUCCCGAAACCAUGAAUCCUUCGCCAUACUUCUACCCCGCAAACCCUGGCACCAAGAGCCAAUAUGUCGAUCCCAACGCUCUCGGAGGCCAUGAGCUGGCUCAGGCUGGUCCGUCCACACAAGUCGGUCGCAUGUACCCUGGCAUGCAUCAGCAGCAGGCUGCGAUGGCCAAGGCACAGCAACAAAAGCAAAUUGAGAUGGUCCGUCCUCAGAUACAGCAGCGUCCGGAUCAAGUGGGCCAUGCUAUUUCUCAGGUCCGCGGUCCCCGUAACCCCGACCCCGUCGUCGAGGAGCGUAUCUCUCGUCUACUUCAACAGAUGCGACAGAAUGCCAUGGCCAAUGGCGAGGGCUCCCCCAGCCCUUCCAAUGGUAUGCCGCAGAUGGCCAAGGCCCGGAAGGAUGAGGCCGAUAUGGAUGAAGACGAGCGUCUUCUCGCUAGCGAAGAGGGCAAAAAGCUCAGCAGCAAGGAGCGCCGCCAGUUGCGGAACAAGGUUUCCGCUCGCGCUUUCCGAUCUCGCCGCAAGGAAUACAUUGGUCAGCUCGAAAGUGAGGUGGCCGCUAGAACCAACGAGGCGCACGAAAUUCGCCUCCAGAACCGCGCUCUUUACGAAGAAAAUGCCCGCCUGAACGACUUGGCCCGCAUGCUCCUGGGAUCUCCCCAUUUCUCCAACUUCCUGAACGACAUGGGUGACACCCUGCCCGCUCAACCUCAACAGCAAUCUCAACAACCCCAGCAACAGCAACAAGUUCAGCAGGCUGCACCCAACAUGCAGGCUAUGCCUAAGGACUCGAACGCCAACCGUGGUCAAGAGUUCCAGAUGCAGCAGAACCCCCAGCCCAACAUGGUCAUGGUUUCAAACCAGGGUAUGGACCACUCCAGCAUGGGCAUGAACAACGCCGGCUGGAACUCAGGAAUCGACAUGAACUACGGUAACACUCCCGUAUUUGCUGUCAUGGAGGUUCCCGAGGGCCCGGCCCUCGAUGUCGAAGCUCUGUCCGGAAAAUCCUCUUCUUCCUUCAGCCUCCCCGAGAGCUCUAAGAAUGAAGCUCCUGUUGUCGAGCGUUCUGCUAGCGACUCAUUCAGCCAGUCUGACAUUGGUGUUGUCAACCCUGAUGUUGAGAUUGAUGAGUCCGAUCCUGCCUUUGCUCUCUUUGUUGAUUCUCCUGCGCCCGCUGCCGACCUCACAUUCGAGGGUGUUUCGACCGAGAAGAAUGCUCAGUUCCAACUCGUCAUUGACAGCUCUGAAGUCAGCGAUUCGGCCAAGAGAACCUUCAACGCCCUUUGCAACAGCAUUGACGCUGCCUUCGAGCGUGUCUCAGCUGUUACACAACCUGCAAUCAAAGAGAACGCAUACUUUCUUCAAGCCCCGGCCUUGAACAGACGACGGCCCGAUAACGACGACUACUUGAUUUGUGAACCAUCCAAACUCGAACUCGUUCCAUUGCCUAUACCGGUAGAAGGAAUUGCCCCGAUGAAAUUCUUCUACCAGGUCAUCACGACCCCAACGGCCGAUACCCCCGGCACGGCCGUUUGCCUCAACUUCCCAGACAAGCGAUACUUCUUCGGCCAGGUAUCAGAAGGCACACAGCGUGCAUGCACAGAGCGCGGGAUCAAGCUAUCUCUUCUCACCGAUGUCUUUGUCACUGGACGGACGGAAUGGGCCAACACAGGCGGUUUGAUUGGGAUUGUUCUGACCCUUGCUGAUACGGUGGCAUCUUCCAUGGCGGCUAUUGAGGACGAACAAAGAAAGAAGGCUGCCCGCAGGGCGGAACGGGAGGCCGAAGAAAAUACAAAAUCUAAGCCCCGUGCACCCCAAAAUGGUAGGACCCCUGCCCCUGCCCUUGUGGAGCGGGACGGCGAGACGGUCUCGCAGCGAGGUAACCUCACCAUUCAUGGUGCUGCAAAUCUUACACAUACACUGGCUACGUCUCGACGGUUUGUUUUCCGAAAGGGCAUGCCGGUGUAUUUGAAAGAAUAUGACUCGGAAACCCUCGCUAAGCAAAUGCCUAUCGGCGCCGAGGAUCCCUUUGAGAAGCCAUCAUGGUCCGACAGUAACAUCAAAGUCUGGGCUCUGCCUAUUAAACCUCACCCAUCGGCGCGUUCUCCAGUUACGCAGCCGUUGUCACAGAGUCCACGAAAGCGGAGCUUGGACGAGUUCCAGGAAUCUGAACAGACCGGAGAUCAUAUGGACCAACGUACUAAGAACUUGAUGGUGACGCAGUCUAUUGUGCAGGAUAUGUUUAACUCAACGUGGAAGAUGGAUGCCCUCCAUGAAACCCCAUUGGCUGAGGUCAAGAUGCCGGCCGCCAUAUUCAUUCGCAACCCAGAAACCAAGGACCUUGAACAAUACAAAGGUCCGGUGCCGGGUGGCUCAGAUGAGCUGCCAGACAUCAAGGUGCUCGUUCGAAAGCCCUGGCCCGGUGCUACUAUCGAGAGUCUCCCAACCACUUCUCCCUCGAAAGAGGCUGUCUGCUAUAUCGUGCGAAACCACGAUAUCCGCGGAAAGUUCGACCCGAAGAAGGCCCGAGAAUUGAACGUUGAGAAGGGUUCUAAGUACGCGGCUUUGACGAAGGGCGAGAGCGUUCAAUCCCUAGAUGGCAAGACUAUCACUCCAGAUAUGGUCUUGGGACAGACGCGAGCAGGAAAAGGCGUUGCCAUCAUGGAAUUGCCAUCGUCUGAUUACGUCGAGGACCUGGUAAACCGGCCCGAAUGGAAGUCACCAGCCGUGACGACCGAGUUGCAGGCCUUCAUCUGGAUUCUUGGACCAGGCGUGGCUGAGAAUCCUAAAUUCCAGGAAUUCGUUGCCAGCAUGUCCCACUGCAAGCACACCGUGUCGAGCACAGACCACUGCCCGAACUACCUGGCAUUGACCUGCUCUGCUAGCUCGACUGUUCGCCUCGCCCGUCUGAAAAGCGAUAGCUAUGCGGUUCCUGUUCACGACAAUGUGACCCUUCCCCAACCGGGCUCACCUAAUGCCAAUUCACAAUCUGCAAUUGCUGCUCGCCAGAAUUCUCCACUGCAGCCUCUUGUACCCGGAUUCAUCAUCAACAUGGAGCCCAAUUUCGGGUUCAACAGUGAGGAUGUGAUGACCCGCUUCAACCCAGCGAAUGUAUUGAAUAGCAUCCCGCGUUCUGUUACACAAAGAAUGGAAGUCAUUAGCAGCCGCGUGGCUAAACCUGCUUUCCAGAAAAAGUUGCACGAGCAACGGACACAAUGGCCUGGAGCGGAUGCAGAAAUCAUCGCCCUGGGUACUGGUUCUUCUGUUCCAUCUAAAUACCGAAAUGUCUCUGCCACACUGCUAAAGGUGCCUGGAUAUGGCUACUAUCUGCUUGACUGUGGUGAGAAUACUCUUGGUCAACUGAAGCGAGUUUUCGAGCCCGAAGAACUUCGUGAAGUGCUUCAGAACCUGCGAAUGAUUUGGAUCAGCCACUUGCACGCUGAUCACCACCUAGGAACGGUCUCUGUGAUCAAGGCCUGGCACGCAGAGAACUUCAAGGAUGGAUUUGGCUCGGCUGCUAGACGUGAAAACGACAUAGCCAAGAUCCUCCAGGAGAAACGGCUGGCACUUGUGUCUGAUGAUGCAAUGAUAUCCUGGUUGGAAGAAUACUCACAGGUCGAGAACUUCGGGUUCGACAAGUUGCUUACUCUUUCCGCGCAUCCCGAAGUACAAGGUUCUAAAAUCACCACCGAGUUCUCACACCAACUACCUAAUCGUCAUCGUCUUCAUGUUGAUUUCACGGACGAAUCCUCCCCCAUCACUCCUCUUCUCAAGUCUGCCACCGGCCUUGCAGACAUACUCACUUGCCGUGUCAAACACUGCAAGGGUGCGCUCGCCGUCUCCCUUGUCUUCUCAAAUGGAUUCAAGGUUUCCUACUCCGGUGACUGCAGGCCAUCAGAUAAAUUUGCCGCCAUUGGACAGGGUUCGACCGUGCUUAUCCAUGAGGCCACCUUCCAACCCGACAUGGUCGGAUCGGCUAGGGCCAAACGGCACUCGACCUCCUCCGAGGCAAUCGAAAUUGGCCGCCGCAUGCAAGCGCGCGCUGUCCUGCUCACUCAUUUCAGCCAACGCUACCAGAAGAUAGCGUUUGUAGAGAAGCAAAAUCCAGGCAAAUUCCCGAAUAACCGGGAUGCAGCUGCAAAGGAGCCCGCAGAUGCGGAUAUCCCAUUCGACGACCCCCAGGAUGAAUCAGCGGGCAACGACGCCCCAAUGUCCGACGACAUCAACAUGACGACAUCAAGCCAAAGGCUCGGCGUCUAUACCGGCCCCGUCGCGGGAGCGAUGGACUUCAUGCGUAUCAAGGUCGGGGACUUCGCCCUUGCGCAAGCAUAUGCGCCAGCGUUGGAGAAGCUGGUCGAGCUCUUGGAGCGAGCGGCGAACGAGGAAUCCGAGCGCGUGAAACUGAUGCGCCAGGAAGAGGAGAAUGCCCGCAAGGCGAAGAAUAAUAAGAAGUUGGCUAAGCAAAUGGCUACUGCUACGGCUGCGGCAGCUGCGGCUGCAUUGACUGAGACUAGCGAUGUCCCGGCGGUGCCCACUCGAUCUGUCUGGAGUGCCAGUGAAAGCGAGGAGGGGUGGGAGACGAGUGACCACGAGGAAUGUUGUUCCUAA